AUGACUGAUGGAGUUUUGCUACGUAAAGCCACUGAAGUCAACUUCUUUACAGGCUGCAACAGACUGACGUGCCCCCUCUAUUCUGUCUCUGCUCGCAGCCCCUCCUUUGAUGAGGAGCUCUCCCCUUGGCCCAAGGGGAAGAAGAAAAAGCGAAAGUCUGAGCGUAAGAGGAAAAGGAAAAGGUCUACUUCCUACAGCCUGUCCCCGCUGAGGAAGAAGAAAAAGAAGAAGAAGAAGAAGAAGAGCUCCAAGAAAAGCAAACGGCAUAGGUAUACCUCCAAAAAGUCAAAGCACAGUUCUUCAAGUUUAAAACAGAAGAGGAAGGAUGAGCGCAAGCACAAGAAAAGUUCACGGACUCGGCGGAGGCGACGCUAUCGGAGGUCAGAGUCGGACAGUUCUUCUUACCGAUCGUCCGCAGAGGACAGACACCACCUGCAGAGAUCUGUUGUUCAUCACACAUUAGGAGACCUGGCAGCUGUAGUAGAGGAAAACAACGGAAUGCUUGACCAUACCGACCUGAAGUGGAGACCCGCCACCAAAUCAGUGUGUAAAACGGCUCCAAAAUAUCGCUCCAUCCUGUCCACCGCCACCGUAAGUACACUUCAGACCUCUAACGCUGCUGGGUCAAUUCCAUUUCUCAGUUACAGUAUGGCCAUGUGAAGCAGCCCAUUCUCAGUCAAAAUGAAAUGCCUACAGAGAGGCAGUUGGGUUUGGAAAAUACUCAUUUAAAAGAAGAAAUCAUAUUUUG